CGCGCGACAAUUUCAUAAUAAUGCGUGCUAGCUUUUACCUCAGUAAUAUUCUAAGGCAAGAUGCAUGAUAUGACAUUCCACGGCGGCGUUGAGGUGACAAUUCUGUUUAACGGCUGGCACAUAAAUGAUGUGUCAGGAAUGAUUAGUUCCGUCAUUGGCAUUAUUCUGCUAACUGCAUUAUACGAAGGACUAAAAUCUUAUCGCGAGUUUCUUUUCGCGCGCACAACAUUUCUUAAGAAGAAGCAAAGAAGAUCUAGGAACGCAUUGUUGUUCUCCAGAGUGCAUUUUUUGCAAACGUUUUUGCAUGUAAUACAGGUAGUGCUUGGAUAUUUUAUUAUGUUUAUUUUUAUGACGUACAACUAUUGGCUCUGCAUCGCCAUUGGAGUUGGAACAGCUGUCGGAUAUUGGUUAUUUGCAUGGGAAAAAACUAAUAAUGACAAUACAGAUUGUUGCUCGUAAUUAUAUUUUUAAAAAUCAAAAUUUAAUAAUUUUUUUUGAUAAAUCACAAUUAAUAUAUUCCUUUUUAUAAGAAGUCGACUAAUAAUAUAUAAUAUUAUAAAAUAUCUUAUAUAUACUUUUGUACAUAUGUAUAUCUUUAUGAAUUAUAUCUUUUGAGAUAUUGGUCAAUAUAAUAGUUUUUUAUUUGAUUAACAAAAAGAUAGAGUAGUAUAUCGAGUUAAAAAUCUUAGUAUUAAUAUAUAUAGUAACAAAUUCAGGAAAUAACAAUUAUAUCUUGAUACUAAUUUAAUUAAUUUUUUUUCCUUAAUAGAUAAGUACAUAUCCACGAGAUGAACGACAUUUUACAAUCGCAAUUAAUUGGAAAUUAUCAAUAAAUGUUAUCUAAUCUAAUCUAAUUUAUUCCUUAUGAUAUCCGUUUAUUAUUGGUGUCUUGAUAAAGCUGUCACUAAUUUCGAAUAUUUCGUCAGUCGUCGAAUAACACAACAAUAUUUGACACGAUGUCGGACAAUCAAAGUAAUGCAGCAAUUUGUUGCUCGGAAUCAAAUGAACGUAUACGUCAACUUAAUUCAGUCCGUCAUAUUAUUUUCGGAUGGGACAGAUUUAAUUCUAUAACUUGGUUAGUGCUAUUAUUAUUUUUCUGCAUUUGGUGCAUAGGAUUCUUUAAUAUGUAUGAACCGAAAGAUCCGCAAGAUGAUCAUCAUGAUCAUCAUUAAAACGAAGAAAUGCAUGAUAAAUAAAGAAAAAUGACAAAAAUAUGACAAAAGAACUGGGUUAAGAAUAAAGUAUCAAACUCUUAACAAAUUUGAUGAAGAAUCAACGAUAAACAAAUUUUUAAAAUAAACAAUUAAUUUAUUCAUAAAUAAUUUCAAAAAGAAAUAUAAGUAUUAUAACAAUAAGUUUAUAUAAAAAACUGUAUUAUGUAUAUAUUUCAUACAUUUUACAAUUAAAAUAAAGAUUA